CCGAACGUACUUUUCAACGAAUUCGAGACAACAUCGCUAAAAGUCUCUGCACUCGCAUAUAUGGAUGACACUCUAUGGAUUGCGAACUCUCAGAGUGAUCUCACUAACAUCGUUAACUUAGCCGAAA